AUGUCAUCAAUCUUUAUUGAACCUGAUACACUUGAACUUGGCAGGCGUCAAGGAUUUGUUGAUGAUAAAGCUCUUAAUGAAGUACAUGUGAAAUUUGAAGUUAAGAAUGGUCGAGUUUAUGCUACAUUGUUUGGAUCAAAUAUAAUGAUGCGUGGAUCUGAAAAGAUAUAUAAACACAAUAAAAUAGAAAUCUAUCAUGAUGACAUGUUAACUUUGAUGCAGGAAAAAUAUCCAUUUGUUGUAUCUAUUCUUCAAUUAGAAGAUCAACAUAAUGAUUCAUUAGACAGUUACAAUUAUGAAUUUGGUUCAUCCUUGUCAUCAGCUGGUCCAGCAACAUUGCUAGGAAAUCUUAAUUUAGGUUCUGGUACAGCUACAUUAUUACAAAAUCUUAAUUUAGGAGCUGUUGAUAAUAGCAAUUCUUAUGAUAGUGGUGAUGGUAACGGCAUUAAUGAUAACGGUGCAAUAAUACCAUUGGACAUUCCAUCAUUUUUAGUUGGAAGCGAUCAAGAUUCGUUAAUUACAGAUAAUACAAAAGAUACAAAUAGCUCUUCUCUACAAACUGAUGAUGUUAAUUCUCAAUUAUCAUCUCAUUCGUUCAUAGAACAUCCUGCAUCAUCAUCGCAAGGAUCUUUUAGGCCACGACCUUUUUCUACUAAUAGCGUUAAUGUAAUGAAAGAAAUAAUAGAAGGAGAAGGUGGGGACGAUAAUGAAUACGAUGGAAAUACUAGUGAAGAAGAAAUAUCGAAUAAAAGGAAAAGAAAAAGGUUUAUUGAUCAUGAUUUUGGUAGUGAAGAAGAAGAAGAGUUUUAUAUUUCAGAUGAAUCAUCUAAUCUAGUGAAAAAAAAGAUCGAAGAAAGUAAAAUUGGGGAGGAAAAAACAGCAUUUAAUUCACCAAAACAUAAGAUAAUGGUGGAUGACGAAAUUGUUAAUGAUGUUGGUGGGGUGAUUUUUAAGAGGGUUAGAUCAAUCAGAAGCCCUAUAAUCAGACCGAGAGGGAAAACAAAGGAAAGAAUUACUAGAUGUAUUCUUAAAAGAUCGAUUCAUUGA